AUGCUGCGCUUCCUGGUAUUCGCCACGCUGGUCCUGUGUGGACACAGCACAGAGGACUUUCCAGAUACCAAUGCCCGGGUAGUUGGAGGGACUGAGGCUCGGAGAAACUCCUGGCCCUCUCAGAUUUCCCUCCAGUAUCUGUCCGGAGGUAACUGGUAUCAUACCUGUGGAGGAACCCUCAUCAGACAGAACUGGGUGAUGACAGCUGCUCACUGUGUUGACAAUCAAAUGACCUUCCGUGUGGUGGUGGGAGACCACAACCUGAGCCAGAACGACGGCACAGAGCAGUAUGUGAAUGUGCAGAGGAUUGUCGUGCAUCCCUACUGGAACAGCAACAAUGUGGCUGCCGGUUAUGACAUUGCCCUGCUGCGUCUGGCCCAGAGCGUUACUCUCAACAGCUACGUCCAGUUGGGUGUUCUGCCUCAGGAGGGAAGCAUCCUGCCCAACAAUAGCCCCUGCUACAUCACUGGCUGGGGCAGGACCAUGACUAAUGGACAGCUGGCCCAGACUCUUCAGCAGGCUUACCUGCCUACCGUGGACUAUGCCACCUGUUCCAGCUCUUCCUACUGGGGUUCUACUGUGAAGAACACCAUGGUGUGUGCCGGCGGAGAUGGAGCUCGCUCUGGAUGCCAGGGUGACUCUGGGGGUCCUCUCCAUUGCAUGGUGAACGGUAGAUACACUGUCCAGGGAGUGACCAGCUUCGUGUCCAGCCAGGGCUGCAACGUCUCCAGGAAGCCCACAGUCUUUACCCGUGUCUCUGCUUACAUCACGUGGAUGAAUAAUAUCAUUGCCUACAACUAA